GAGAGAAGGUGCUGAAGAUGGAGGCAGAGAGUUAAUUUCACCAACCACUGUGACAGCUAGUUUGUGUGAAGCCAUACUCCCAUCCCUGCAUAGCUAACAAGAUCCUAAGCCAGGCUCUGGUUGGUGCUCCUUGAGGUUACCCAGAAUCACGGGUUUCUUGUGAUGUAGCGUAGAGAUAUCUUGCUGCGCCGCACGCACAGCAUUGAAGCCAUAGAAUCCGAAAGCUUGGUCGGAGACGGAGUUGCAAGCAGACCACACAAAAAAACAGCUGGCUGCUUUCUUCGCUUCUGUCAAGAGUCACCCUGUAAACUUCCAGCGUUUCCUGCCAUUGAUACGCUUACGGCCCUCUGGAUAUCUAAGGAAGUCUUCGUUCACAGGCCUGUUCGCAAGGCGAAUGGAGACUCACCCUACAACGUCUUUCUGGCGAAGAAUCGCGUCGCGGCGAACCAAAAGUGCGACAAUGCCCGACGUGAUUCACGUCGAGGAAAGUGUGACGGAAGAAAGCAUUCCCCUAGAGUCCACUGCCUCCAUGCCUGAGCCUCAGCUGCCAAGUCUCCAGCCGUGCUCACCACCCGAAGACCACGCGAAAGGCGUCCACUGGCGGCGACCGCGUUUCUUUCAUCAUAGCAGAAGCAUAUCUCGGAGACUCUCUUGCCCGGACAAUCUCGCGACACUUCGUGAGCAUCAUCGCGAAGACGACGCUUGUUCGACGGACGAGGAGUAUCGAACGACGUCGACGUCCGGAGAUUCCGCCGAUGGAACAUCAACUGGUCUCGAGGAUCGGCCGAUUUCCUCCAGUCGCCGAAGUUGGAAGCGGGCGUCUCGAAAGUGGAUUUUUCCUCGCGCGCGAUCUCUGACUGAUCCCACGUCGCCAGAGGCGAGAGCACGAUCAUCGUCACUUUUCGUCCGGCCGCCUUCGUGCCCAUUCAAGUCCAGUUCCCGUGCUGUCACGCGGCAAUCCGACCCGAGUCCAGCGGCCAGCAGCCCCUGCAGCUCCUGGGGUUUCUCAAACAGCAGCAAGAGUUCGCCGAAUGUUUCACCACAGAGCAACGUCAUACUUGCUGAGACUGUGACGCCGCGCAAGCUUGAUCUGUGCAUAGGCCGUUGCAGCCGUCCGACGACUCCUCCCCGCGACAUGUCCUCAAACUCGACAGUGACGGCUCCUUCCAAUUCGGAGAGUCCUGGUCUUAAAAGGAGCUCGUCCAAUGGCAAGCUUAACGGAGGGGACAUGCUGCUGCUGCACUUUCUCCUGGCCAGCUUCCUUGGAUGCAUCGCUGUCUUCCCACCAAAACACCUCAUGGUGCUGCCUGUCUUGUGGAGGAGCUUCAUUGGAGCGAGCCUCAUAAUUGUGAGCUUGGCUUCUUUCUUCUUGCUGCUCUCAAAUGGUCAAUCAACAGCUGCCGUUGACAACGCUGGGGAGAAAAUCUGCCCAACAGACGAGCCGUGUUUGCUGGAUGGAAGCAUAGCCAGAGCAGUCGAAACUAUGCAAGCAGCUUCCAAAAAUGAAGGGGCUGCGCUCGGACUUCAGCACUGUGGCAUACAGGAAAGCCGUGAGGGCUUGGAUGUGUUUGCAGUACCUGUUCUCCUGGCGGUGUUUGGCAUCUCUGUAAUGGCCAACAGUGACCCAAGGCGAGUGGCGCUAAUCCUACUCUUCUUAGGGCUGCUCUUAAAAGGUGGAGUGCUCCUGGUGAAAGGUUUAUCAGCUUUAAGCACUCUGAAGAUAGGCCACAAGCCAGCUUGGUGGUUGUGGGUCGCUAACGUCCUGAAGGCCAGGGAAGAGUGGGAUAAGCUUAGAUACGGGAUCCACUAAUGUGUAGAUAGUUUAUUUCCUUCUGUCACCUAGUGGGAUUGUGCAGAGCACAUGGUGUACCUCUGCACAGCUAAUUAAUCACAGCACUGACUGCGAGCGUUAAAACCUGCGGCCCAAAUCGCACUCGUAUUGGGGUAUUGGGGUAUAAUAUGAUAUACGUGGGUGUAUUGGGGUGUAAUGAGACACUCGUCACUCGGGUGCCUUUCAAGUUCAGUGCGGAAGGUAAUUUGGAACACCAGGUGUUGAGCAUUUUUCAACCGUCCAGUUUU